AUGCUGUCUUUUAUGGCCAUUCCCAGUGUUGCUUGGAUACUGCUUUCUGACCUCAUACUGCCAUAUCAAGUAAAGGGGGAAGAUUUGCAGAAGGAAGAUUUGCCUCCAAAGACAAGUUGCCCCAAAGGCUCCUUGGCCUAUGGCUCCCACUGCUAUGGCUUGUUUCUGUCACCCAAAUCCUGGUCGGAUGCAUAUUUUGCAUGCCAUAAAAGGCCCCAAGGACACCUUGUGUCUGUGCUCACUGCCUCUGAGGCUUACUUCGUAGCCUCCAUGAUCAGAAAAACGGGAAUGAAGAAUGAGGACGUCUGGAUGGGACUCCAUGAUCCCACGGAGGGCCAUAAGCCCAAUGGAAGCGGCUGGGAGUGGAGCAGCAAUGAUAUUCUGAAUUACCUGGCCUGGGAGGAAAGUACCCCAUGCUAUCCCAACACAGGCUACUGUGGGACCCUUUCAGCAACCUCAAAUUAUGAGCAAUGGAGAGGUUAUGACUGCAAUAAAGAGUUACCCUAUGUCUGGAAAGACCUGCAGAAGGAAAAGCUGUCACCAAGGAUCAGUUGCCCCCAAGGCUCCGUGGCCUAUGGCUCCCGCUGCUAUGCCUUGUUUCUGUCACCCAAAUCCUAA